UUGUUUUUUUGAGAAGAUGGCCUUUCUAAUGAAAAGUAUGUUGAGCAACCAGGUAAAGAAUUUGGGACUUGGAGGUGGAGGGGACGAAAGCAAAGAAGAAAGCACUCCUUCUGAUCCAGCAGCAGCUGCAGGAAUGACCAGAGAGGAGUAUGAGGAAUAUCAAAAGCAAAUGGUUGAGGAGAAGAUGGAAAGAGAUGCAGCAUUUGCACAGAAAAAAGCAGAGCGAGCUGUUCUGAGGGUUCACCUGAGAGAAAAGUACAGACUGCCCAAGAGUGAAUUGGAUGAGAAUCAAAUACAAAUGGCUGGAGAUGAUGUGGGAUUGCCAGAAGACCUUCAGAAGAUGGUGGCAGAAGAUCAGGAGGAGGAAGAAGACAAGGACUCUAUCCUGGGCCAGCUGCAGAACAUCCAGAAUAUGGACAUGGAUGCCAUCAAAGAAAAGGCACAAGCCACCUUCACUGAGAUGAAACAGGCAGCUGAGCAGAAAUGUUCCAUGAUGUAG